ACCAGUGUGAUAGAAAAAAGGAUACGGUGCUGGUGCGAGCUGCGUGUAUUUGUGAUGAACGGGGAAAAAACGGAACGAGCCGUCCGCAAAACCCUGGCCAGUGUAGGAAUUCGCAAUCGAAAGGCGUACGCGUACCUUGCGUGCCGUCGUUGCCGCGUGUCCGUUGUUCCCAUGCGGUUAGCAGUGGGAAAAUCCGCCACCGAAGCAGCCUCUCGCACUGGCCACAGCACCAAUAGCACCACCAGUGGAGUGGCGGUGUGAAGGCUGUGUCAACACCAGACGCAACAAAAAGUGAACGAAAAAGCACCAGCGCCCGGAAUCGACCCCGUAAGGAUUGUGUUUUCCUCGAACCGUUUCUCGGUCCACCUUCUGUUCCUUCACAACCGCUCGCUUUUUCGCUACGUUGCGUGUCAAUGGGAAAAAGGGUCGAUCCGAGAAAGGAGCACAGUGCACAAGCCACGGCACUCGACAGCACUUCGACGCGCCUGCACGAGGAUGCAGCGUGAAUUAAUAAGCAGCUAGGAUUCUAGAACAGGGUCACUCUCGUUUGCUCGGAAGGAUCUGUGCGCUGUCAGGCAUCGGGUCAACAGUACAACGCUUCGCGACCGUUGCCAAAACGGGCCCAAACCAUCCCCGAGCCUGCCCCCUCCCGGUUCAGAUCGAGCGAGCCGCCAGCGUGUCAGGCCGAGCGCGCAAGAGAGUGAACCGAACGCCGCGCGCGAGUGAGCAUCACUCCUCAGAAUGAUAGAUGAAAUUAUAGAGCGCAUAGUUCAGUUCUUCUCCACCGGCCUGGUGGAGAAAAUCGUCAAAGCUUUCCUCGUGCUAUGCGAUCGCUUCGUCAACUUUAUUCUUUCACUCUGCGAGGGCAACAACUACAAGAAGAAGGACGAAACGGUGGACGUGCUGUACACCAGCGGUAACUUUCUAGUGAUCAACAAAAAGCACGAUCUGCUGAUCAAUUCGAACGACACCAAAAAGAAAACGGUGCAAACGAUCAUGCGAAAACAGUUUCCUGAGUACGUACAGGAUAAUCUAACGCACGAUUUUUACUUUGCCCAUCGACUAGACUUCGCCACGAGUGGGAUAUUGUGCAUUCCGUUGAACAAAAAUGCCUGCAAGGAAGUGUGCCAGGUUUUCGAAGAGCAGCGAGCUCGAAAGUAUUAUCUAGCUUUGCUACGCGGUCAUACCGAUUUUGACGAGGAGGUGAUCGACAUAGCGAUAGGAGAGGACAUUCGGUUUAAGGACACCAGCAAAAAAAUGUGUACUAUCCUCGAAGAGGAACGCUGCCAAAACCCGCGACGCAGCAUUACGAAGGUGCUGGUGUUGGAUCGGGGCUACUACAAUGGAAAACCGGUCACCAAAGUUCUUUUGCGGCCAAUCACGGGUCGGCGGCACCAGUUGCGGUUGCACUGCGCCCAGAUCGGUCACGUCAUCGUCGGUGACUACACGUACAGUCUCAAGAUCGACACGUCACCGCCACGAAUGUUUCUGCACGCUUUCCGCCUGGUGCUGCCCAACACUAUCGAGAACCUCGAUAUUCAGACCGACGAUCCGUUUACGGAGAAAGCGCUAAAGUACAAGUGGAGGGUGGUAGAACAGGUGAACAGCAUUGCCAAUGCCUUCGAUAUCAUUGACUCAUUUUAACAUUUGUGGGAACCAUGUAGGAUAUACUUUUGUAGGUCACGCUCGUUCACGUUUAGAUUGGAUCAUUUUCGGCGCCGGUUGAAUGUAAAUAUUCGAUCCUUCUCCCGAAUUUACUCUCUCUAGAACAAUUGUUUUGCAACUAGUCGGCAAAGAAGCCGAAAGCACAAAAGAAAGGAAACCGGACGCAUCGAAACCGUUCUCAACUUGCAAAUCCAAUUAGUUUCGUUCGAUAGCACAAUUGUUGUUUUACUUUUCACUCACAAUAGUUCAGUGUCCUUUUGCGAAAUGGACGGUUCCCUCGUUUGUUCGAACAUCCGUUACGGGAGUUAGCGUAGCUCAGUCAGACUGUUGAUACCGGUGGAUGCUUGAGUUCGUGGCAGUGCGCAAUCAGCUUAUGGAAGUGUGCGGAAAAUUAUUACAUUAUAGCCCACGCACGUGGCGAUGUUAAUGCUGGAACAGUAGGGUAAGGGAAAAACUUAUACUAGUCAUCACACAAAGACACCUGCACGAUCAGCGCGGUAGUAUAGUGAAAGAAAAUAACUAAACACAUGUUGACCCGAAACAUACAUAAAUUUCCUAUUUAUCCACUCGGAAUCGACGACGGAUGGUUGGAAAUAAGACUGUAGUCUAGAGAAACAAAACAAACCUAGUUUCAGCAUCUUUAACGGCGAAGCAAAACACUUAAACAGGUCGUCGCUAGGCGCUGCGAAUAGUUUUCGAGGACUUCAACGUAGAUUAGUGCGAUCGUUAAGAUUAACCGCAUGGAACGGUGCAACGUCUGUGCAACCCAACAUUGCAGCUACGUAGCGCUGCUUGAACAUUGGACUUUGUUUCACUCAAACCCUCUUGCAUAUUAAUUAUGGACUAUGAAAUUGUUGAAGAAGAAAAAACAUGAAAACUAGAAAAAAACAAACAAUCCUUCGCAAAUAGAAUCGUGAAACAAUGAAACGCAAACACAAAUGCAUUAUAAAGUUUGAGGAGUAGAGGAAAUAACUAGAUAGCGAUUUACUACUAAAAUGCCACCUUUUUCUCAUGCGUACUUUGCAACACACAUAGUUCACAUUGCGGACGGUGAGCGAUGCGAAAAAAAAGAAUCCAACAACCGUUCACAGAGCGUAGCACGUGAAGCACACCUUUCCCAUCCGUCGGAAAUGAGUCACUAUGACCCGGAGAAAAGCCCCGAAAUAGCAGUUUCUCACGCUUGCACGCCGAACUGAAUUGUUUUUCCCAUGUAAUUAACUUUUUUCUCUACCGAGUGCUGCUCGAGCUUUGUAUGAUCAGCAUGCAAAGUGGUUGAUCUAAGUAACGUGUUUUGUUUCAGCAUCACAACAUAAUACGAUGCGCUCAUUAAGAGUGUUAGAAUGUUAAACUGCAGCUCAAACACUGAGACAUUGUUGCAAAUUGAUUCUUAAACUUUAGCAUUUCGACAAUAUUUAGUUUAUUGAGCAGUGCUAUUAUACUGUUGAAUUUUUCCCAGUAAAUCCAAUAAUCUUUCUGCAUUGGUUUCUACUUUCAAACUUGUGAAAUGGUUAGUCACUUCGGUUACUUGUCGCCUAGUCAAAGCAUACUCCACUUUCCUACGCGGAAUAGCAAUUUGCUGUAUAAAUAAAACGAGUGAGACGCAUCUGGCGUGAAAUAGCUUACCAAAAUGGACAAACUACAUUUACAUUCUUACAUAGUUAUUAUUAUACGCCGUCGGUACGAGCAGUGUUAUCAUGCAUAAACUCAACACAACAAGAAAACAGCCGCAACCAAUGCAAGUUCGCCGUGUACUUAUUAACAAAGUUUUUGUACCUUAAACUCAAACGAAUCCUUCAACGGUUGUUCCAUGCACUAUUACAUCUUCCAGUCUGUGAUGCGUAUGGGCGUUCUAGGGCGGGAAACGUAAAACACAUAAACAGCCGUCAGUGGAGGCACCAAAUCACAACAGCAGAAAAGAAAUAAUUAGUCAGCUUUAUUAAUCUCUCUUAUCUAUCUCAAAACGAAGGACGCACAGCCCGAAGAAAGGAAAAACUCUUAUCUCAAAACAUACCAAUCAAGUAUUUGCAUCGCAUAAAAUGACAGACAAAAAAAACUUCUAAAAAUGACGAACGAGAAAAGUGGCGCGAGGCGGUGAAAAAAGGGUAACAGUUCUCUUCUAUCGUAUUUUUGCUUGUUACGAGAACGCUCACAAACCGUAAAUCGGCCGCGUUAACAGUUGUAGUACAUGAUCGAAUUAUUUUUCUUUGACGAAGUUCUAAAGUGUUCCUUCUUUUCCAGUAAUCAACCAUUCCAGUAACCUUUGGUUGACUGUGGCUAGUUUAUCCGAUCGCAAUAAUUUGGCAAACCUAACGUAGGACUCUAGUGGUUCGAUUGCGACGUUCAUCACUGAAUAAGUAGAGAAUCCGAUGUUUAAAUUAAAGGAAAGCCACACAUCGCAGUACGCGCGACCGUACUGGAAUGCAACGUGUUCGCACGCGAGAUAGGCCGUUUAAAAGAGAGAAUGCCGGUGUUUGAACGAUGAGCGCGAAACGUUGCAUGAAGAUUGUGAUAUCCCUGUGACUGAAAGUGGUGACCGGAGCAGCAUUGUUCGCAUUGUUUUUCCAUCACUGCCAUGUAAAACAUACAAAAACCGAAACCUAAACGGAAGGAAACAUUCAAACGAAACUCACAAACACAGUUUAAAAUAGAUCUCCUUCCUUUAUCAAAUCAAUGAAAACUCAGGAAGCAGUUCAACAUGCGCCUAGGUCUAAAUAAUCCAUUGUGCGACGUCCAUCGACCAGUGGCACAAGAACGGCCUGGAGAAGAGUUUGCACAACCCAAUCUACGCCGAACGAUGCAACCACAUCGCGAAACAAUGUCGUUAAUGUUCUAAACUGCACUUACGAUCGCCUAGUCAAACAAAUCGAACUAAAUAAGUAACACGAGGCUAAAACAAAACCCUUUCGUACCCGAGGUAAUCUCUGCUAAUGUAAGCGAACAGUGUUUGAAGCGCGUUAUCAACUUCGUCGGUUUUCCAUUCCCCUCGAAAUAUCCUGCCGUUUACGAUCCUCGCUUUUCGGCGGACAGCGAAACGUGUCCGUGAAGGAACUCAAUCAUACUUACGCACGUGGUCAAACCGACUCCUUGCCCGUUUAGAUCCGUUCGAAUGGUUUUGUUCUUAAACUGUUGAAUAGAAAAAUAUUGCAUUACAAUAGUGAAACACAUACACAAGCUAAACCCGAUAACAGGAUACCGAUAAACAAAAAUCAUUUAGAAGAUACAAUGGGAGGACGGUUAAUGUUUAAGAAAAUGGGGAUAUAUAUAUACACAGAAGAAAAAAAACCGAAAGAACCAACAAUUAAGAUCGAAUCCAGAUUUUUUCUUAAACAUAGACGCAUAGUACGGAA